GGCAUCCGACUCUCAGAUGCCGCGCGACCGCAAUACCGAGUGCUCGUACCCGGAUUAUGCCCGCAUUUUCACUCCGUCGAGAAGCAUGACGUUCGCGCCAAUUUCGACUGUGAUGGUGUUGUUCCUUUGUAAUCUGAUGGUGAAUGGCCGCCAUACGAGAAAUGUAGAAGCCAAUGGAGUAUCAGCGGUCAACGAUUUCACCCUCGACGCAUUCCCGAGGUUCGCAGAGCCAAUUCCUAACGUGACAGUGACAGUUGGGAGGGACGCACUGCUUGCCUGUGUAGUCGACAAUCUUAAGGGAUUCAAGGUUGCUUGGGUCAGGGUGGACACACAAACUAUCCUCUCCAUACACCAUAAUGUGAUCACACAAAAUCCGAGAAUUUCAUUGAGCUUCAACGAUCACCGAUCCUGGUAUCUUCAUAUAAAGAACGUCCAAGAAGCAGAUAGGGGAUGGUAUAUGUGCCAAGUAAAUACGGAUCCAAUGAGGAGCAGACAAGGGUACUUACAAGUCGUUGUUCCUCCAAGUAUCAUCGACCGAGAAACGAGUGGCGAUAUGGUAGUCCUGGAGUCAACUAACGUGAGUCUGACCUGCAAAGCGACAGGAUAUCCUGAUCCUUAUGUUAUGUGGAGGAGAGAAGACGGUGACGAUAUCAGAUAUAACGGGGAGAAUGUUAAUGUGGUGGACGGAGAGGUUCUAUUCAUAACGAAAGUGAGCAGACUACAUAUGGGCGUUUACUUGUGUAUUGCAUCCAAUGGUGUUCCUCCAUCUAUCAGCAAGAGAGUCCAGCUGAAGGUUCAAUUUCCACCUAUGCUCUCCAUACCUAACCAGUUGGAAGGAGCUUACAUCGGACAAGAUGUGACUCUAGAAUGUCGGACUGAAGCUUUUCCAACCUCCAUAAAUUACUGGACCACCGAGAGGGGUGACAUGAUUAUCUCAGGUAGUGACAAAUAUGAAGCCAUUUCCAUGGAUAACGGUUACAAGAAAUACAUGAUGCUGAAGGUACGAAGAGUGGAUAAAAAUGAUUUUGGAUCAUACAGAUGCGUUGCCAAGAAUUCACUUGGAGAGACUGAUGGUGUGAUCAAACUUGAAGAAAUUGCAGCACCAACCACUGUGAAGUCUCUCAUCCACACAACCACGUUCCAUUAUAAGAAUAAUAAGGAGUACGACUACGACGAAGAUUUCAUUCUCUCAUCCAAUGGACCGCCCCACAUCAGAGAUCCACCAGGAGCAUUUAGUGGCAUAGCAGCAUCCCAAUCCCACAGUCUCUUCAUCGCUAUCUCGAUCCUCUGGAUACUACGUUCGGUGUUGAGGUGAUCCGUUUAAACAGAACACGAAGUGAUACAUUUACCUUGAUGGUGUGAUAAAACAUAUCCAGUUUGUGAGACUGAAAUGCUGUAAAUAUGUACAUAUCACGAUAGAUAUUUUAUCGGAUGGGAUAUAGUGGGUAAGGUGGCAGGAUUGGUGGAGAUACAGAAUAUCAUCCAGAGGGUGAAUAUGAAGGCCCGAUCGAUAUUUUCGGUCUAGACUUCUAGACGUGACUCAAGCGCGGUUUUAGCCACUAAUUGAUGUACAAUGAAUCACCAUAGAAACAUUUGAUACGAAAAUAAUACAAAGCUUCGGGAUGAACGAAGAACGUCGGGUAUUUUACCUCCCUGGUUGUAGAAUUUAGAAAUUUGACUUUAUAGUUUCAUCAUAUGUUGCAUCCUUGAUUCAAUAAACUGAAAUGAAACCUGCGUAACUAAAAUUUCGAGGAAAAUGUUAGAAAUUCAGAAAUGAAAUGGGUUUUCACGCAGGUACAAGAGUUUUUCAUUAUAUUUUCUGAAAGAUGUGAGGAUAAACCAAAAAUGGUACUCAACCCCAGUUUUAAUAUAGGAAACAAUUAGCUUAUAUUGACUUGUGACUGACUACAUAGCUGACAAGCUCAAACUCUGAAGAAAAAACACCCAAACCUACCGGAAUGCAGAAUUAAUAUUGUUGAAUUAAGUUUUCCCGAUUAAAAAUUUUUCGUUAAGAGAUUGAUGAGUAUUUUUGUGUAUAUUAGAACAAAUAAUUAUGAGCUUGUAAUUUGAUGAUACAGUCAACAAAGUACCUACAUAAAAACCAAGAAUAUAACAGGCAAAAAUAUUCAGACGGGGAGGCUUUAAUGAAUCAAAUACCUUUAUAUUUUUAAUUCGAAAUUGAAAUUAUGGAAAGAAAAGAGCUUUCAUCCAGUGCUUCUCCAACAAAUAAGGCUUUAAAAUUAUCUAUAUUGAUCGGCAUUUGAAUGAAUUCAUCAACCAACAUCAAAAUGGUAUAGAUGUCGAUGCGAUAGUUAUUUGUAACUCCACCACUCGCAAAACCACCCUUAGAACUGACGACGAUCAUCCCAAUUUCCCUGCGCUGAAUAUUAUAUCGAAACUGCCUCGAACCUAGUGCGUGAUUUCACGAUAUGUUCAUAGGAAAGUGUCUACCUAAUGUUUACCAAUAAAGUUCAUUGAAAGCUUCCUA